GGUGACCGUGGCCCACCAGGGAUCCCGGGACAGAAGGGAAUUAAACUGUACGCAGAAGGACCCAAAGAACUGAAGGGGGAACCAGGUGAAGUUGGAUUCAAAGGCUGUCAAGGACUUCCUGGUGUGCCUGGGAAGGUCGGGGUUAAAGGAGGAAAGGGCGGGCGAGGAGAUCCUGGUUCCCUGGGUAAACCAGGGAAGGACGGCGUCCCGGGAGAGCUGGGAGAACCGGGCGAGCCAGGGGAUCGUGGGUACCUCGGCCCUCCAGGUAUCGAUGGAGCCACGGGAGAGAAAGGGGAGCGAGGUUUUCCAGGUCUGCCCGGAGAGAUGGUUUGGAAACACAUUUUCCUGAAGGGCCAGCCUGGUGUCGCGGGGCCCCGCGGACCCACAGGAGUGCCAGGAGAACAAGGACUCAUUGGAUUUCCUGGACUGCAGGGCGAGUCAG